AUGGUGGUUAGGAGACCCCAGCUUUGGAUUCGUCACAUCUCUUGCUUGUGUCAGACUUGGACGUGCAAGUCUUUUGUCGAAUCACAGGCAUUCGGCAAUCCAUCAAUCACUGUAGCCAAUAGGGUCUGCGGCGUAAUUCCACGGCUUCAGCAAGCAGAUACUAGACUGAUGGGGCAGCGGUGUUUACUUACAGAGCGGAUUUUUGCAAAGCCGGGCAGCGGUUGA